GGCCAGGGCUUGAACCCAGACUGCUCACCCCGGAGUUGAGUGCACUAACCAAGAGGCCAUUGCACCUCCCAUAUAUAAUACAUGUACUUGUUAUUUAUUUGUUUGCUAUCAUUGCAACGCCAAUGUUUAUAGGAAAGAAUAAUGCAGUUGUUUGUUUUAGAAGACUUUUAAUAGAUAGGCUGUUUGGGAAAUGUAAUGGCAAUUUGAUCAAAUUUAUUAGUUUCAAAUUAUUAUGUCCUUCCCUUCAUCUGUGCUUCAAGUUGUUGCUGUUGUUGUUGUUUGCUUCCAAGGAGCAGCAACCAGUUCCCUUUUGUCAGUUUGUUGUCAUGAGAUUACCUCGGAAGAUCAUUGUAUUUUGUUAAUUUUCCAUGUUUGGACCUCUUGCAGUAUACCUUCCCAUGGGGAAAGGAAUCAGUUGACUCCAUGACUGUCAGCUCUGACCUUCACAAGUACAUGACAGAUGAAGACUGCAGUGGACUCCCUUUCAACAAGGAAUCAAUGCCAUAUGUAAUUCAGAUCAAAACUGAUAUAAAUACAGGAUUUCUGGCUUUUUUGAUGGAUGCAUAUCAAGACAAGGAGCGAUCCGAUUCUAGUGAUAAUGUAAACCUCUGCACAGUUCUGCACUUGCAUCCUCAAUUGGCUCCUGUCAAAGUUGCAGUUCUUUCUCAACUCCCUCAACAAAAUGAGCUUUGUGAGGUUGCACAGCAGCUGUCAUCUGAGCUACGUGAAGCAGGUGGGUGUAGACGUAGUAGUCAUGUAUGUCUGUCUAACACUAAGCAGGUGUGUGCUUUUGGGAAGGUGCGAGUAGGCAAAGAAAUGGGUUAUGGUUGUUUUGUCUUGGGACACAAUGCAACAAUACAUUGACUACAUUGAGAAAGAACAUGAUUGAAUUAAUUAAUUAA